AUGAAUGGGUCAAGUCAGAGAAAUAACAACAACAAGAAUAAUUGGAAGGAUACCUCAAAAAUAGUAGCUGGGUCUGUGUCUCUGCUGGUUUAUACAAUUAUGUCGACUGCUAUUCUUUUGUCGGGUAGUAAACCUAAAGAAAGAGAAAUUGAAGAAGAAAGAAGAAAGAGUGAAAGAGCAAUCGACAAACAGAGACGGACAGAAAGAGGAAUACUUAAUCAACACCAGAGAUAUAGUGAGUGUAUGACAGACAUUGAUGAAUUCCGUAUGGAACACAGUGACAACUAUGUUGCGGACUUUUUCGAGGGGAUGGCAAAAGAAAAGAGAGAUGAAGAAAUCAAUCGCAUCAACCAAUGUAGACAAAUGACCAAAGAUUAUUGGAGACAUGUUUUAUUGUGGAGUGAGCAUUGUCCUGUCGAAUACCUACAAAAAAAACCUUUCAAAGUAGAAAGAUACCAACGCGAGCACAAGAUAUUUCUCUCUAUUGUCAAACCAUUAGACAGAAAUGAAAGCCAAUUUGAUAUAUAUGAUCCAUUUUCCGAUCUAUUCAAUAGUUCAUAG